AUGGCUUCACAUCAAGCAAUUGGCAACUGUACGCCUGGUGCUAUCCCCUAUCCAGUCAUAUUCGGGGCUGAGUUUGUUGCUAUUGAAGCCCACCCAGUCCUGAACUACACCGGCUCGGACAUUGAGAGCCGACUAUGGUACAACCAUGGCCUUCUCCCUAACAACGUUUCCGUGGACUUUUGCAAUGUUACCCUCACGCACACGCAUCCAGGCAAGAACGACACGCUGCGUACACAAAUCUGGCUUCCUCUGAAGCCUACAUGGAACAGCCGUAUGUUGAUGGCAGGCGGCGGAGGUUGGUCGGCAGGAUUUGAUGAAGCUGCUCCCGUAAUGUUCGGAAGCCUAACUGAAGGUUUUGCGACAUCCUCCGUGGAUGGUGGAGUGCACAUUGAGAACGCCACCUCAGUAGCAAGUUGGGCGUUAACAAGCCCUGGCAACGUCGACUACAACGCGCUACAGAACUUUGCAUUCAAUGGCCUGAUAGAUGGCGCUAUUGCUACCAAACAAGUGAUUGAAAGCUUGUAUGGCCACGGUUCGGACUAUUCUUACUGGAACGGUUGCUCUCAAGGUGGCCGACAGGGUUACAUGUUUGCCCAGAGGUUUCCAGACAUCUUCGAUGGUAUCGCGGCGGCAGCUCCAGCUAUCAACUGGAGUCCACUUUUAUCUUCGUCAACUUUCCCUCAACAAGUCUUAUUCGAGCUUGCCCAGAAUGGGCUAAACGAUUUUCCACACGAGUGCGAGUUCCUUUCCCUGAGGCAAGCUGCAAUCGCUGCUUGCGAUGACAAUGACGGGCUCAUGGAUGGGCUGAUCUCCGACCCUGAAAGCUGCAAGUUCGAUGCUCGAUCCAUGAUUGGAAAUCCAGCGAACUGCAGCUCUCCUGGUGAACCUUCACUUAUAUCAGAAGCCGCUGCUCUGGCCAUGACCGCGUUGUGGAAGGGUGCUCGAACAAGCAAUGGAACAUUCCUAUGGUAUCCCCAUGGAUACGACACAAACCCGACAGACUUUUAUGGUACUCUGGACAACACUUGCUCAGACAACGGAUCAUGUGUACCUGCCCGACAGUCACUCUUCACAGACUGGAUCAGGUACUUUGUCAAAAAAGACCCGAAUUACGACUUGAACAAUAUGACACGCCAGGACUGGGUUAGUGCUUUUUAUGCUGGAAAGCGGGAGUAUACUUCCAUUAUCGGGACAGAUUAUCCAGAUCUACAAGAGUUUCGCGCCGCUGGAGGAAAGCUACUUACCUACCACGGUUUAGCUGAUGAAUCAAUACCCUACGGUGAUACACGCGACUACUAUGAUCGAGUAGCUGCUCUCGAUCCCGCCUUACGCGACUUCUACCGUUAUUCUGAAGCCCCUGGAGCAGCACACUGUGCACCUAGCCAGGGUGGCACCCCUACCGGCUUGUUUGCCGCCUUGGUCGACUGGGUCGAGAAUGAUAUUGCGCCCGAAACGCUUGUUGCUAGGAACGCUGAGGACAGGGAACGCUUGCUUUGCCAAUAUCCAAAGAAAGCUGUCUUCACGGGAGAUCCUGCAAACUACACCGCGGAAGACUUUGUGUUGGAACGGAUGAGAAAAGAGGGAAAGGAAGCCGUCGAUUUAGAUUUGGACGACCCCAAGACCUUCGCCUUCGCUCUGGCCGGUGUGGAUCGCGUCUUCCUGUUGACCGGCUACACAGUCGCGAUGUUGACGCAAAGCAAGACUUUCGUGGAUUCUGCUGUGAAGGCCGGUGUGAAACACAUCGUUCAUCUUGGGAUUUUUGGCGAAUGGGACGCGACAGACCCACACUUUGUUUGGCAUCAGCUCAUCGAGAGCUAUAUCAAGGCGAGCGGUCUCGCCUGGACGCACCUCCAUCCCAACAUGUUCAUGGACAAUCUGCUAGCAGCCACAGACCCCAAAGCAGAUAAAUUAACGCUAUAUGUUGAGAAUCGUCGCGUGGGCUGGAUCGCGGUAAGUGACAUCGCAGCAAUGGCGGCAGCGAUUCUACGUGACGGGCCUGAAAAGCACCACGGACGCGACUACUGGAUGAGCACCGACGUGUUGAACGGCUCAGAGGUUGCUGCGAUCUUGAGUGAGGUCACCGGUCGCAGUAUUGCCUUCAAUCCCCGAGGACCCGACGACUUUAAGGCACUGGUCUCAGCUCCGGGUUCAGGGGCAGAACCUUGGUAUGCUGAGGGCGGCGUUGAUUUUAUGCGCCAAGUUGUCGACGGCCGGAUGGGUUACAUUGGAACCAUUCGUGACGAUAUUCCUUACGUGCUGGGAAGACCGGCUUUGACCUUCCGAGAGUGGGCCACCGAGCACAAAGAGGCUUUCAUCAAGCUUGCUUCAACUAGGGAUUAA